UGUCUAUGGCAGUAAGAAUAUGGCGGCUGUCGCUGCAACAGCCGAUAUGACGAUUCAAAAGAAUUCACAGAUUUUAGUAAAUGUAGAGGAAGCUCUAGAUGAUCUAAUUGUGGUAUCUUAUUGUGCAGAAGAUAAAAAAUUCCAAGGCGUACUUUUGGACUCGAACAAGGGUAAUUUACCAUUCGGAGUGUACAGCCUUAAUCCAGCUUUUUCGAAACAACCAGAAAAUGCAGAUACUAAAGACGAUAAGCUACAUUCCGUUAGUCAAAGAUUCACCUAUCAAGAGCCCCAAUACGCUGUGGAGGGUUUACAAAAAUCAAAAAAAACCUCUAGAAAGACGAAGCCCCAGCCUCGACAAAAGAUGACAGUGCGUUUAAGGCCUAGAAAAGUAUUAUGUUCCAAUUGCCAGGGGAUUUGCAAUGAAAAUAGCGAAAAUGUAGACGUGUCCAAGAAACGUAAAUUAGAUUCGGAUGACGACGUCCCCAAGGACGGGUCUGAGUCAUCGAAACUUGAAAAGAAGUAUUUAAUGGGCAGCAUGUUGAUUCCUAAACUGGCCAGGCUACAGCCAAGUGAAAUUUCGAGUGCAAUUAAAACCAAAAGUGUUUCAAAACCGAUUGACAAAAGUAAAAGUGCGAAAAACAUAAAGUCGUGCGACAGCUCUGAACAGGCAACCAGGGAACUCGCGUUCGUGAGUGUAUCCGACAAUAGUGAUUUAUGUGAUAGAGAAGACCUUAAAGAUGGUGAAAGUUCGUUUAGCAAUUUAUUUUCUAAUGCGCGAACACUCAAAAUAUGUUUUGGUGAAGGUGAAGGUACUGUUGUUAAAAUACCGCCUUUGAACAGCGAUUAUAAUGAAGAUUCAGGUGUUUCUUGUGAUAUGUCGAAACCUACCAAACCAGACUCUAAAGCUGUGAAAAAGGCAUUAAAAAAAGCAAAAAAAGAAGCAAGGAAAAACAGCACCAUAGAAAAGACUGUCGAUAUAUGGAUAGGUCACUCCCCUAAGCACAUAGGCGCAUUGUCGCCUCGUAAUAAUUUAUCGCAAACCUCUACUAGCAUAGAUUUACUAGAAAAGAAGCAUAAACAUAAGCUUAAACAUAAAAAGAAGCAUAAAAUACAGAAGCAGCGUGAUGAGAAUACAUCCAAAUGUGAAAGUGAUAUAGAGUACUUUGGUGAUAUUAAAAAUGAUUGUUUAAAGCAGAAACUGUCUAUCAGUUUGCGUAGACUAAGCAGUAACUCGUAUGAGCGCAGAGAACAGGAUGGUUUUGACGAUGGUGAGACAGAAGCUGUGCCAGACUUCCCUGCGAACAGCACAGAAGGCAUUGGUGGCAAACUGUUAAGGGUUUCCCCAGGAGACAUUGUUUGGGGGAAGGUAGUAGGGUUUCCCUGGUGGCCAGGAAGGGUUUUAAGUGUGACACCCACGGCUAGGGCCCAUGUAGCGUGGUAUGCUUCAACCACCUCAUCUCUAAUGUCAUGUGAUAGCUUGAGCCCCUUCCUAGAAGACUUCAAGACUCGCUUCAAUAAAAAGAAAAGAGGUCCUUACAAGGAGGCUGUCAAACAAGCGACAAUUGAGGCAAAGAGAAUAGAAUCUCUCUCAGAUCCACUCGGCAGUCCCACCCAUGUGACCCUGACCGUCUCACCCCACCCCAUUGAUGUGUUCUCAUAAUUAUACUAAAUUAAGCAUCAUAUUAAUGGUAUGUGUGGUAUUUUACUCUGUUUUAUUAAAGGACGUCUCAAUUUUAUUAAGGAGGCUGGGCCUUUAUUCCAUGUCAAGUAAGCAGAACAAAUUAUUUUUAUCUUAAAAGUACAUGAAAUAUAUGGCUUAAAACCUAAAAUAAAAAUUUAUUCAGUACCUGCAUUUUUUUUUUAAAUUAAUUAAAUACAAUUUCUUUCUCAGUGCGCUCAUGGCGCAGUGGUGGAUUUUCAAGACUAGUUUCUGGGUUCGAUCCCCAGCUGGACCAAUUGAAGUUCUCUUAAUUGGUCCAGAUCUGGUUGGUAGGAGGCUUUGGCCUUGGUUAGUUGCCACCCUGCCGGCCAAAACGUACCGCCAAGCGAUAUAGCGUGUGUCAAAAGGGGUGUGAAUUUUCAUCCUCCACCUAUCAAGUUAGCCUGUUUCCAUCUUAGAUUGCAUCACUUACCAUCAGGUGAGAUUGUAGGGAAUAGGUUAACUUGUAAAGAAUAAAAAAAAACAUAGAUGGACUCCAUUUCAAGACACACUAUUGAACUACAAAAACAUUACAGAAUAUUAAGCUGAUUUCACUAACUGCCUAAAUUUUAUAGGUUAUUUUGUUAUUAUUCAUCAAAUUAAAAUAGAGUAAAAUACCCUCUUGUGUUUAGCGACUAGUAGACACUGCCGAUGCAGAUUGAAAAAAGAUAGACAGAUAAACUUCAAAUUGAUAUUGAUAUUUUAAAUUAAAUUAUUUAUUUAUUAUUUUAAACUCACAAGUUACAAGGUAUCAUUGUUAUAACACUUAUAAUUAUUACUGAUAAACAAUUUAUAAUGAAAAAAAAAUUACUGCCGAUAAAAGUGAAAUUUGGAACUUUUAUUCUAAAAUUUAAUAAUGUAUAGCUACUGAUGUAAGCAUUUCGGUGACGCGAACGCACGAGAUUUCACCCAUCUAGAACCUCCUCCUUUUUGGAAGUCGGUUAAAAAAGUGUGCCAGUAGGCUUGUCGGUAGGGUUGCCAACCGUACUAUAAUAUAUAGUAUUGUAUUAUAUUUUGGGUCUGCGUACUAUUAAGUGAUGAAGAAAUAUAUAGUACGCAAAAAUAUUAUAUUUUUCUACAUUCAUUUGCAACAGAAGAAAUAAGGGUGCAGAUUAUCCGAACGUGUCUAUUUUAUUGUGUGUUUUCAUUAAUAUUAAAAUUAAAUGUGAAAAUCCAUGUGACACUCAUUUUAGACGAAAAAUUUUAGAAAAAUUCAAGAGAUGCUAAUUGCCGACAGCGUUUUUGGGUCGCAUUUCAAUCUAGUAGAACGCUUAACAAAUAUAAGACCCUUUAAAAAAGUGUCAACUAACCUAUAAGCAAAAUCAAGAAAUGAAUAAUUAUGUGUAGGUACAUAAAGCAUCCCAUUUUCUGUCUAUCUUUUCACUUCAGUCUGAAACUGCCGAAUUAAAAACAAAUUGAUGUGAUAUUAAAUGUCUGCACAAAACUCAUUGACCAUUAGCUUGUAAGAUUAUAAUAUUAUUAAUCAGCCUUUGUGGUAUAGUCGGAUGCAAUUUUAUGAUGUCCAAUACAAGCUGUAGUUGACCCUACGCGCAGGUCAUACAAAAAUCAACACGCGCUGGUUACCGUGCCGCCGCGCCCUUUCGUAACCGGUGAUACCUAAAAUCUUGUAUAACACAGCUUCACGUACGAUGUUCUAAAACGUCAUAGACAUUGCAUCCAGCUAUUAAUUAUAUAAGUUUUGACAUUUGCCAUGCCUGAAAAGUUUUCUGGGAGUAAUUAAAAUUGGUGAUUUUACAUAAGAUUUUAAUGUGCUCGUUUUAAAUUCUAUCUGUUCGCGCCGCCAUAUUGGAAAAAUGUCGUCUAAAUAGUUUUUUUUUUACAAUAUAUCCCUUACGGUGUAAGAUAAAAUAAUGAAGGACUAAAGAAAACUUAUCCAUUGUUUUUGGGUUAUCUUAACUCGUCAACUGCCGGUCCGCUGACAGUGGCGUAGCUAGGUGACCAAGGGCCCAACAAAUAAAAAAAUGGGAUCCCCCCUACUAUCUUAACUGGUUAGGUUUGUUUUAAAAAUAUCAAAUAUACAGAAUAUAUUUUUAAAAUGAUGUGUGGCAGGUAAUAACAAUAAUAUUAAACAGUAACGACAUGAAAUACAAUUAAUACAUGAUGUAGGUAUUGGGUUUAUUUUAGCUGUCAUGAUUAAAGUCAGAUUGCAACCUGUCAUAUUUAUUUUGAAAUAGGAGAAAUUUUCAAAAAUUCAUUUCAAUCGAUAUUUUCUGGGCCCCCUGAGCUUUUGGGCCCGGUACUGCCCCUAGUAACUACGCCACUGGCCGCUGAUAAGUAUUUGUUGACUUCCACCAACUUACCGAAGUCUUACACAAUCAGGAAAAAAAAAACAACAAGUACACAUAAGACAUUCACAUUCCACAGACUAAAAACAUAGAAAGGUCUAGUGUCGUUAAAAGAAUUUUUCCGAAUUUGAAUGUAACACUAGCCUAACUAGCUAACUCUCUCUAUCUAGAAAAUCCUUAAAAUGCUCAUAUAAGAUCUUAUUUGAAGUUUGUGCCAGUUCUUCAGUAGAACUACUUCAGUGAUUAUGUCAUUAUGAUUAUCUUUUAGUACAUUUUCCAAACAAUCAGUAUCCAUUAUUUAUAUAGUUUUGCUUGGGCUUUCAAAUAGCAAUAGAUAUAAGCAGACUUAAAAACUCAAUCAAAAUAAAUUUAUUAUUUUUUGGAUUUUUUACUUAAAAUAGCAUAUUAGCAGACUUAAAAACUCAAUCAAAAUAAAUUUAUUAUUUUUUGGAUUUUUUCGCUAUGCCUAACAGAUAAACGUCGACAGUAAAUUAUUUCAAAAUUAGAGAUGAAAAGCAUCUAAACUUCGAUAAGUCCUUACAGUGGAUACAUAAUUUUGAUGUUUUGGUUGGGUAUUCACUGACUUUCUUAUGAUAUGAAAAUAAAUCGUUUAUUUAGUUUCAUUUUUUAACUGUUUAUAUUUUUGACAUUAAUUUUUAUUGUCCUAUAAAAAGUUGUAUAUAUGUUAUUUUUGUAUUAUAGUUUAAUUUAAAACAUGUUAUGGCCAUUCCUUUACUUAUUUAUUGGUUUUAAAUGAAAGAAAUAUAAUAACCAAAUAUUUGUAUACAUACUAAUAUUUUUUAGAAUGUAUUUUAUGCUUACGAACUGUCACAAUGUGAAAUUAGAAGCUCAGUAUGAUAUAUUCACGAAAUAAAAUCCUUUUUCAUUGAAAACCAAUCAAUUAGUUUAUAACACAUUUGUUAUUUAUUUUUAAGGUUUAUAAAUGUUUUUUUUUAUAUGGUAAGCUGCCACAGCAAAAUACAUACAUAAAAUUUAAAUUAAAAAAACAAUGUUUUCUACCAAACCUGAGAUGAAAAGAGUUUUUAACCGACUUCCAAAAAGGAGGAGGUUCUACGUUCGGCUGUAUGUAUGUUUUUUUUUUUUUUUUUUAUGUAUGUCCAGCGAUAAUUCCGUCAUUUGUGGACCGAUUUUGAAAAUUCUUUUUUUGUUGUGAAGGGUUUGAUUCCAGGGUGGUCCCAUUUUUUUCAUGUCAGGAUCUGAUGAUGGCAUCCUGGAGAAAUCGAGGGGAACUUUUGAAAAUCGUAGAGACGGCUAGUGCGUUUGUUAGUGUUUCCAUAAGGUAUUUUAAACCACUACAAUUUUAUGAAGGUCUGGAGUUGGUCUCAUGAUGGAGCCGAUACACAGACGAUGGAACUCGUCAACGAUUUACAGCAGGUACCUUUUGUUUGGGCUUAAUUUAUUUGUAUUGAUGAGAACUUUCCACCUAGAUAGGUUGUGACUGUAUUAAGGGUCUGAUGAUGAAGACGAAGGACAGUGAAGAGAACUCCUCGACGGUUCACAGUAGCUACCUUGUGUUUGGAGUUGAUAAAUUUGUAUUGAUGAGAACUUUCCACCUAGAUGGGUUGUGACUGUAUUAGGGGUCUGGUGAGGAAAACGAAGGAUAGUUAAGGGAACUCCUCGACGGUUCACAGUAGCUACCUUGUGUUUUGACUUGAUAAUUUUGUAUUGAUGAGAACUUUCCACCUGGAUAGGUUAUGACUGUAUUAGAGGUCUGGUGAUGAAGAUGAAGGAGAGUUAAGGGAACUCCUCGACGGUUCACAGUAGCUACCUUGUGUUUGGACUUGAUAAAUUUUAUAUUGAUGAGAACUUUCCACCCAUAUGGAUUGUGACUGCAUAGGGGGUCUGGUGAUGAAGACGGAGGACAGUCAGUUCACACUCAGUAGGUGUGCUAACACUAAAAAUUAAAAAAUAAAAAUUUUAAUAAAAAAAAUUCAACCGACUUCCAACUCAAAAAUUAACCUAAACUAAAAAGCAAAAAAUAACAUCUUACCUAUGUGCUACCUUCUGAUCAGUUUGAAGGCGGUGCCAAUCCAGUGUCAUGUUUUAAUUAAAGCUGUUUCUGAAAGAACCACAGAAAUUGUGUAAUUUAAACGGCUUGAAUUAAAACAUCACUGGCUUGGCACCGCCUUCAAACUGAUCAGAAGGUAGCACAUAGGUAAGAUGUUAUUUUUUGCUUUUUAGUUUAGGUUAAUUUUUGAGUUGGAAGUCGGUUGAAUUUUUUUUAUUAAAAUUUUUAUUGAUAAAACAGAUGUCUUUCUACUUUUGGAAUACUGUUCAUUUGUGGAUGUUACAUAUGGCGUGUAAAAGAAAUUAUAAUCUGCCUGUAAGUAGUAAGUAACAGGAUUUUGAAAAAAGGUCUUUUUCACCCUCUGUAUCAUCUUUAAAUAAUGUGACAAUGUAUCUGUGAGGUGUUUUAGUUUACACACUAUCAAGUCACUACUUAAUCCAAAGGCAAAUCGUCUUCCUUCCUUUUUAUUAUUGUUCCUUCUAUUCCCGAUAGAAGGAAUAAUAAUAAAUAGCUUAGGAAAGAAAGAAUUGAUGAAGGGAAUAAUGCAUUUUUAUGCAUACAGUUUGAAACAAGUCCGAACCAAUCAAACUGUGACUGACCGACCGAUUUUAGUAAUGGGAAAAAAACUCAAGGUUUUGGUUUAAAAACUUGGUUCUUUUUUUUAAUCGGAAUAAAACUUGGGUUUGCUAGUACCUUAUGGUGUGCAAAAAUCCAGGUCAACAUCUGGUGUAAAGUCUCCUCUCGCUUAACUUAAUCGUAGACUGAGAAGUAAAUACUAAAUAGACAAUCGUUAUUAUUAUAAAUGAAAGGAUAUACGAUUUUGACAUUUUAACACCCUACACUGUACCGUUUUUUCACCUUAUGUUAAUUUAACUAAAACUUAUAUAUUUUUUUUUAAUUUGGGAAAUCUCUUAUUAAUUGUUGUUUGGACCAUCGUAGUGCCUGAAAAAAAAGGACGCGUGACACCAAAUACCGAAUCUUUAAAUGCGAUGGUCUUUCUGUCUAUUUAUUUGUCUGUCUACGACAUUCUAGGUAUUAGAAGUGCUUUAAAUAUUAAAAAAGUCUCUAACAGUGCAAUGUGGGCCCGUUGGUAUUCUCAUUUUUUGUUUUAGUUACUAAAGUUGAAAAAAUUAGGCCAAAGAUAUUCGAUCUUUGUCGUAAUUAUAACUAUUACAAAUUAUUAUUUACAUAAUGGUUAACUAAUAUGAAUAUGGUAAGCUAAUGCUACAUUCAACCGUGUAUCUAUUAUUACAGGAAUUGUAUUUUUAAAUAAACCUAAGUGUACAGUA